UUUAAAAAUGUCAUACCUGCCUAAAAUAGAGACUCAAGAAUACGAGAAGUUUGACAAACUUAGUGGGAAUGGCUAUUGAAAGGUCAGUUAUGUAGGCCAGACAGAGGAUGGGAGACAUGAAUUUCUAGCAGAAAGAUAUGUUAAAGUCAAAGGAAAAAUAGUCGAGGUUGCUAAGUCAUCCACUAAAAUUUUUGAUGAGAAACUUGCAUAUGUGACUGUCCAUUCUAAAAUGCAUCCCAAGUGAAUUAUCAAAAAUGGGGUUUUAAAAUACUCAGAUUUCUUUAAAAAUUCAGGUAGUGAAAGUAUGGCUGCAGCUCCUCAAGAGGAAGAGAAAGUGGAGCCCUUACCUCAAGUAGAGCCACCUCCUCCAGUAAUUGAGGAGGAGGAAAAGAUUUCUCCUCCAUCUCCAAAGUUGCCGACGAUAAAGAAAUCAAAAACUAUUAUUCCUGAAGACCCUCCGAUGCCUAAGUCUGAUCUGAAUAAAAAUAUGGAUGGUAAUGGAUUGGUGAUGAUUUCUGAAGAGGAAUUUCAAGGGAAGUUUCAAGAGACUUAUUACUUCCAGAAAUUCAGUGGAACAGAGCGAACCCCUUCAGUAGUGGAAGCUGUCAGUGAUCUUAUGGAACUCUUUACUGAGACUGUCACCAGUAGUAUCGAAAAGCAGUAUAAUCUGUAUAAAGAUAAAUCUGAUGCCAAAGUAAUCACCAGCAUCUGGACUUGAAGCUCAAAAAUUACUGAAAGAGCCAAUGCAGCUAUUGUAAUAGAUGCAGUGAAGACCUUUGGAGACACAAAUUUUCAGACAUCAGUUUCUUUAGCAACGUUUUAAAGAAAGGAAAGACUGGAUAUAAGAAAGUCAUUAACAAGACUAUCAAAUUUUUAAGACUCUUGAACACCUUUAUUGUUGACCUUGGCACACCAAAGAAUGUAGCUGAUAGAAAAGUCUAUAGGGGCGUUCCAGCUCAACUCUUCAGCAAUGUGCAGGAAGGAGAGAUAUUCAGAAUCAUAAAUUGGAGCUCUGCAAGCUCCAAUCUAAGUGUAGCUAAGCUCUUUUGUAAAACAAGAGGGCUUAAUUCUCUUGUACAGUUUAAUAUAAAAAAAGGAUGAUAUAACGCAGGAGCUUUAAACAAAUUUGGAGCCUCUGUAUUUAAGCACGAAGCUGAAACAGUCAUCCCAGCCUAUUCAGCAUGCUGAUGCGCCAGUAAGACUGAAAUAAAAGCAGAAGCGAAGAAAUUAAAGUCCAUAUCCCAAGCAAAAUCCUCAGAGAAGCUAAAACCCUCCUCUCUCACCAAAAAUCCCUCUAAAACCCCUCUAAACCUCGACUUGACCAACAUUAUCGAGCUAAACCUCGCUAAGGAUAACAAGAGUGUAUCUCUGGAUAUAAAACUCAGUUUCUAGCUUCUUCU